AUUAAAAAAAACAACAACAACCCUGAAUUUCCAAACAUAAUAUCCCCUUCAUGAUGGGGGAACUUCUUUUCAAGAUGAAAUCAUUUAUAACUUCUCAUUGUCCACAGAAGGCACCUAUCAAUUUGUAUAUGCGUGUACAAGUCCAUGCCAGUUUAACGUUUUCAUGCAUGCAUAAUGUGCAAAAGUCUUAAGGGCACCUUGUCGUGAUCAUACACGUCUUGAAAAAACCUGGUUUAAAAUACCUUUUACAAAGCACAUAUUUGUCAACAUGAAACAGUAGGAAAGACCCAGGAUUUACCAGAACAAUUAAUUACAGUUCUACUCCAGGCUUAAGAGAGUCAGGAGUAAACUGUUCAUGUGUAAGGGUAGGUCACAUUAAAUAUUUGACACUUAAACCUAUAGAAGCUGAUAUUCAUUCUGAAAAUGAUGUUAUUUUAAAACUGCAUACAUAUUUUCUGGAUGUUUUCCAAUAAAGUGAUUGAGAAAUACAUUGUAUGGUCCAUAAAGUGCCUAUGGUUACCAUCUUCUUCAAUCAAAACAAGAGGGCACGACCAACUCAACCCCAAAUUCAAAAGAGUUUUGAGACAUGGAGCAUGCACAGUUGGCAAGUAUGGUCCACACAGGUUGUUGGUGGAUGAUGGUCACUCUGUUGGUAAUAUAGACCACAGCUCAUUAUUUGGUAGUCACUCUGUUGUUGGAUGGAUAUAAUAGCUCAUUAUUUUGCAGGCAGUCUCUUGUAGUGGAUGUAUGGAAAGUUUCAUGAUCUGGCAGUUAUCAAUAAUGUUAUCAAUAAUGCUACAUCAACGGAGAACCAUGUGAAUGAUAGCCCAGUGAAGACUGAGCACGUCUGCAUUGCCUGUAUUGGCACUAUGGAACAUUUGGUUUCAAGUCCAUGCUACAAAAACAACUACAAAAAAGAAUGACAGUAUACAUUAGAAGUUCUGCUACAAAGUUCACCAGGAUGGUUGAAUCAGUUCUUUUUAGGAUACAUGGUGUGUUGGUUUUUGCAGGUGAGUUAUUUUGCCACAUGUUCCUGCCUGAGUGACAGAUAAAAGUUUCCACCUUUCUUUGAGAAUUCCUGCAGGGACUGUCAUGUGCGAUUUAUUUUGGGCCCUGUCUCUAGAGCUUCACUUGUUAAAGGAUUAAACAACAUGCGGGCUAGUACAAAUCAAGAAGACCACUCUCAGAAAAGGGGAAGAACCACAGGAAAGUCAUGAGGACAUUUUUAGACACCAGCACCCUCUUCCUAUGGUUGUUCUCCUGCUUUUCCUCUGCUGUGUCCUCCUCUCUUUAUUCCUCCUCUUGUCACUUACAGGGACAAUUUAAUUUAAAUGGGAUGCACAAAACUGGAGAUGUGAUUCUAGGUGGGAUUUUCAAAGUUCACUUCACUUCUACCUAUCCUAUUCUGUCUUUAACCUCAGAACCACAACAGCCUGGGUGCUAUGGUUUUGAUAUUAUAGGAUUCAGACAGGCUCAGACCAUGGCCUUUGCUAUUGAUGAGAUCAACAGAAACUCCAACCUGCUGCCUAAUGUGACUCUGGGAUACAGUCUGCAUGAUAACUGCAACCAACUAGGAAUUGGAUUUCGUGCAGCACUGACCUUAGUCAGUGGUCAAGAAGAGCAAGUUACAUUACAGGAGAACUGUGUAGGAACUCCUCCAGUCCUAGGAGUUGUGGGAGAUACUACCUCUUCAAGUACUAUUGCCAUAUCCACAGUGAUAGGUUUGUACAGAGUGCCUCUGGUGAGUUAUUUUGCCACAUGUUCCUGCCUGAGUGACCGACAAAAGUUUCCAUCUUUCUUUAGGACGAUCCCGAGUGAUGAUUUUCAGGUGAAUGCUAUGAUUCAGAUUCUAAAACACUUUGGUUGGACUUGGGCAGGUCUGCUCAUCAGUGAUGAUGAUUAUGGAGUCCACGUUGCGCGAUCCUUUCACUCUGAUCUGGGUCCAGCUGGUGGAGGUUGUCUGGCUUACACAGAGAUUUUGCCCUGGGGUGACGACCCUGCUGAACUAAGGAGAAUAGUGGAUGUGAUGAGGAAAUCUACAGCUCGAGUGGUGAUUGUGUUUGCACAUCAGAUCCACAUGAUUCAACUAAUGGUUGAGGUGGUGAGGCAGAAUGUGACAGGCCUGCAGUGGAUUGCCAGUGAAGCCUGGUCAUCACUUGAUGUGCUCCAGACUCCUCACCUCAUGCCGUAUCUGGGUGGAACACUGGGCAUCGCAAUCCGUCGAGGAGAAAUACCAGGACUCAGCGACUUCCUGUUACAAAUACAUCCUGAUCUACAUCACAACAACACAGAUGGAAACAGCAUGGUGAAUCAGUUUUGGGAACACACAUUUCAGUGUAGAUUUGCACCACCUCCAGCAGGUUGGGAGGAAGCUGGAGGAGAAUUAUGCACUGGACAGGAAAUUCUAGAGAAUGUGGAGACUGAGUUCUUUGAUAUUUCAAACCUCAUGCCGGAGUAUAAUGUGUAUAAGGCUGUGUACGCUCUGGCAUAUGCUCUUGAUGACAUGCUGCAGUGUGAGCCUGGGAGAGGACCUUUCAGCAACAACACCUGUGCUCAUUUACAAAGACUGGAGCCGUGGCAGAUAAUGCAUUACUUGGAAAAAGUCAACUUCACCACAACAUUUGGAGAUCAAGUGUCAUUUGAUGAAAAUGGUGAUGCCUUACCUGUAUACGACAUCAUGAACUGGGUGUGGCUCCCUGAUGGAAGAACUCAAGUUCAGAGAGUGGGUGAUGUUAAGAGGUCAGCCUUCAAAGGUGAAGAACUAACACUGGAUGAAGACAAAAUCUUCUGGAACUUUGAAUCCAAACAGCCUCCUCAGUCAGUGUGCAGUGAGAGCUGUCCUCCAGGUACCCGCAUGGUCAGAAAGAAGGGGGAACCUGAGUGUUGUUUUGACUGUGUUCCUUGUUCUGAGGGAAAGAUCAGCAAUACAACUGACUCCAUGGAGUGCAUCAGUUGUCCAGAAGAUUUCUGGUCCAGCCCCCAGCAUGACCAUUGUGUUCCUAAGAAAACAGAGUUCCUCUCCUACCAUGAGCCUCUGGGUAUCUGCUUGACAACCACCUCACUGUUGGGCACAUUAAUCUGUGUUCUUGUUCUGGGCAUCUUCAUCCAUCAUCACAGCACACCUAUAGUUCGUGCCAACAAUUCAGAGCUCAGUUUUCUUCUCCUGGUGUCACUCAAAUUGUGCUUCUUGUGUUCAUUGCUCUUCAUUGGACGACCCAGAUUAUGGACUUGCCAACUAAGACAUGCAGCAUUUGGUAUCAGCUUUGUGCUUUGUGUCUCAUGUAUCCUGGUAAAAACCAUGGUGGUUCUGGCUGUGUUCAGGGCCUCCAAACCAGGAGGGGAGUCCAGUCUGAAGUGGUUUGGAGCUGUGCAGCAGAGAGGGACAGUUCUGGUUCUGACUUCUGUUCAAGCAGCAAUCUGCACUGUCUGGCUUGUCUCUGCUUCACCAGUGCCUCAUAAAAACACCCAGUAUCACAAUGACAAGAUAGUUUAUGAGUGUGUAGUUGGGUCCACAGUUGGAUUUGCAAUUUUACUUGGUUAUAUUGGUUUACUGGCUGUCCUCAGUUGUUUUUUCGCUUUUCUAGCAAGGAAUCUUCCAGACAGUUUCAAUGAGGCCAAACUCAUUACUUUCAGCAUGCUGAUCUUCUGUGCAGUAUGGGUAGCCUUUGUCCCUGCUUACAUCAGCUCACCAGGCAAAUAUGCAGAUGCAGUGGAGAUAUUUGCCAUCCUGGCCUCCAGCUUUGGCCUCUUGGUGGCACUGUUUGGUCCCAAAUGUUAUAUAAUUAUGUUGAGACCAGAGAGAAACACAAGGAAAGCUGUCAUGGGUCGUGGCAUUGGAACAUAAAAACAGCAGACAGAGACACAAUUAGUCAGUUCUCUUUAUGAUCUGCAAUUCAGAAAGUAAAUGUAGAUUUACAUUACCAUACAUAUUUCAAUAUUGUGUAAUUGAUAAUUGAUAAAGGGUUAAUAAAUAAAUGUUUUUGAAUGUGGAAUAUGUAAUUAUUUUUACAGCCCAUCAACUAUCCAGGGAUUUGAACUGUUGACCCUGUGGUGACAGGCCCAAUUCCCUUCAACUUGACCUUGGGCUGUCUAUAUUACUCUUUAAGUAUAUAUGUAUAUUAUUCUUCAAAUGUGUUAAGGUCUUUGUUAUUU